CAAAAAUUUAACAAAAUUAGAAAAUAAAUUAAACUUAGCAGAAAAACAUUUAAACAGAACACAAAAACAAACAAAAAAAGCUUUGAAUUGGGCAAAUAAAGCCUUCGAAAAUAUUGAAAAAUUAAAGAAGGUAUUUAAAUUAAAAAUUAAAUAAUUAAUUUUUAAAAGUCAAUUAAUCAAUUAAAUAAUCAAACAAUAAAAAUGGAAGAGAAUUUAAAUAAUUUAAAAAUUAAUUUAAAUGAAAUUGAAAAAGAAGAGGAGGAAAAUAAUGAAUUGUUGGAAAGGGCUGUAAAUAAUAGAGAAAAAUUGGAAAAAGUUUUUUCUGAUUCUACAAACAAAACAAAAUUAGCAGAAAUAUUUAAAGAAAAAAUAGUUGAUGAACAAGAAAAAUUAUUAAAUGAUCUUUUGAAUAAAUUAAGUAAAAUAUUAAAUAUUAAAUUUAAAUAA